UUAGAGACAUCGAAAUUUCUGCAAGAAAAAUUAAUUUUUUAGUCAAAAAUUCAAGAAAAUUUAAAGUUGACAACAAAUUUUAAGGAUUCGGACUACUUAUAAAAAUGUUUUUUGAAGAAAUUUAUCUGAAAUAACCGAAAAGUACUAUUUCAACAUCGAUGAUUCGUCGAUUUUUCUCGACUUUGUUCGAAUAUCAAGCAGCUCCCUUGGAUAUUUGGCCAGGAACUGCCCCAACAACCGCUAAAAAUGGCUUCUUCGGUAAAUUUAGCUCACUUGAGAGUCUCAGUUGGCUGAAUUCGUGCGCUCCAUGCUUCCCGGUGAACGGCGAUAAGAUAAAAAUCAUCCAAAUUCCGUCGGUUUUCUAUGAAACGCUCGUGGAAAAGUCAUCAGCUGCCAAAUUUCGCAUCAAAUUAGCCAGUCUCUACCUUGGAACGGGUCAACUGGAGCACAAUCUAGUCACGGCAAUUCACGAAAAUUUGCGUACCAACAAAAAUUUGAGUGUUGACAUCCUCUUGGACUUCACCCGAGGCACACGUGGCGAAAUAAACUCCAAAACAAAGGUCCUUCCGUUGCUGCAGGAGAGCGAAAAAUGCGUUUUAUCGCUUUAUCAUACGCCAGUUUUGCGGGGAAUCACGAAAAAACUUGCGCCGCCCCGUUGGAACGAGUUAAUUGGGGUUCAGCACAUGAAAGUUUACCUUUUUGACGACACCGUGAUCCUUAGCGGGGCGAAUUUAUCAAACGAUUACUUCACGAAUCGCCAAGAUCGGUAUGUCAUGAUCGAAGAUAAGAACGUGGCGGACUUUUACUCGGAUUUUUUGCAAAAAGUGCAGGAAUUUAGCUUGCAAGUCGACAAAAAUGGGAACGAAAAGUUGCAUGAAACGUGGAAAGUGUCGCCUUAUGAAGGUUCGCAUCAGGAUUUUGCGAAAGCGGCACGGAAAAAAGUUACGGAUUUCUUCAGAGAAACGUGGGAAAAGCAAAAUUUGAGGAAUCAACAAGGACAGGAAGGGGAUACGUGGAUUUUUCCGACACUGGAAAUGGGACAAAUAGGAAUUCAUCAUGAUAGUUUGGUCGUGAGGAGGAUAUUGGCGGCGGCGUUACCAGGUUCGAAUAUGAAAAUGGCAACGGGAUAUUUUAAUUUGACGGAUACUUUGAUGAAUGCACUGACGAAUGAGUGUGCGGCGGAUUGCAAUAUUUUGAUGGCGCAUCCGAAUGCAAACGGUUUCCUGGGCGCCAAAGGACCUGCUGGAAGCAUCCCCAAAGCCUACACACUCAUCGCCAAACGAUAUUAUGACACGGUGAUCGCCGCCAAGCAAACAAACCGCAUCAACCUCUUAGAAUACGAACGCAACGGAUGGACUUAUCACGCCAAAGGCCUUUGGUACUACCUACCGAACGAAAGUUCGCCCUCACUGACGGUCAUCGGGUCUUCCAACUUUGGCGAACGCUCCGUAAAUCGCGACUUGGAGACACAAAUUUGCCUCGUGACCUCAAACGAACGCCUGAAGAAUCAACUGCAGACGGAAGUCGAUCACUUGUACAGCUACGGAACACUCGCGCAACGCGAACUUGCCGAACGACCGAUACCGCGCUGGGUGAAAGCCGUUGUCUGGCUGUUUAAGAAUUUCUUUUAAGUUCAUUGUUUAAGUAGUUUCGAAAUAAAUUGUUUUGUUGUACCGAAUAA